UAUGGGUGGGGAUCAAGGGUGUUUUUGGUAACAUUGUCUUUGGAUUUAAGAUUAGUUGUGGAUGAGUUGUUGAUGUGUUGAGUGUGUUUGAUUGAAUUUUUGCAAGAUGGGUAUCCUACCGAUAAUAUCGUCAGUCCUGCUCCUCAAUUGCCUAUCUGCAGUAAUAGGUGAGCCAUCUUACUAUCGCCAGUACCGGAUACUGAAUUACCCCGUCGAGUACUACCCCGAACGGUACUCGUACAACUUGAACCCGUACGUUUAUAGGUACUCGAGGCCGGUAUACAAUGACAAUAACGUUUACAUUACCGACAAAUAUGGAAGGACCACCGUCACGUCAGCCGCCAAUUACAGAGCGCAAUCCUAUGUGACCACGUGCACGAGCAGCACCUGCGGCCACAACGCCCAGUGUUCAGUCGUGGGCGGGCGCCCAGUUUGCUCCUGUUUGAGAGGAUACUCCGGCGACCCCAUCAGUUCCUGCGUAAGGUCCGAAUGUUUGGACAACUCCGAAUGUCGCGGCCACCAAACCUGCCGCAACGGCAAGUGCGUGAACGUGUGCGACGGCGUGUGCGGCGACAACGCCAACUGCGACUCACGCAACCACGUGCCCGUCUGCUCCUGCCCUCCGGGAUUCACCGGCGAUCCGUUCAGCAGGUGCAGACGCUUCGACCCCGCUGAGCUGUGCCAUCCCAGCCCCUGCGGCCCCAACACCAACUGCGAGGUGGUGAACGGAGUGCCGACCUGCAGAUGUCUGCCAGGGUAUCACGGCUCCCCGAUUGCCGGAUGCAGGCACGAGUGCGAGAGCGAUUCGGAGUGUGGACCUACUUCUGCUUGUAUAGAAUUCAAGUGUCAGAAUCCUUGCACCUCGCAAUGUGGUACCAAUGCGGAGUGUGAGACUAUUAGUGGCCACAGGGCUGUUUGCAAGUGUCCCAAGAACUACUUUGGAAACCCGUACUCAAGCUGCCAACCCGAAUGCUACGGCGACGUGGACUGCCCAAGGAACAAACCGGCCUGCUUCUACGGCAUCUGCAAGAGUCCCUGCGACGGUGCCUGUGGCGUCGGAGCCAACUGCGAGCUUCGCGGUCUCACACCAGUGUGCUCUUGCCCCAGAGACAUGACCGGUAAUCCGUUCGUCAGCUGCAGACCUUUCACGUCCCAGGACUUGUGCGAGCCCAAUCCUUGCGGCGCCAACGCCAAAUGCCAGCCAGGUUUCGACAGGACCAACAAGGAGCGACCGGUUUGUACCUGUUUGCCCGGCUACACCGGUGACCCACUCAGAGGAUGCGUCAGGGGUGAAUGUACUGAUGACAGUGGAUGUGCGGACAGUCAGGCUUGCAUCGACUACAGGUGCCAAAAUCCUUGCGUGGGACAGUGCGGGGUGAACGCCAACUGCAACCCAAGAAGACACAUCGCAGUGUGCACCUGCCCACCAGGCUACAACGGUGACGCUUUGAUCCAAUGUUAUCUCAACAAGGGCGUGAGAUACCGCAAAUAAAUUAAACAGAAAUAAUCGACUAAUUUAUUUUUUCAAGUUAUGUAAAUAAUGUACUGCCAUUUUGAAACGAAACAAACAUAUUUUUGUAAUAAACAAUUUUAAGUAGGA